AUGGCAACUGUUUUUCUCUCUGUGCUUCCAAAGUUCCAUCCAUCAUUGAAUGUCGUCUCAUUGGUUGGAAUUGGUACGAGGAAUAUCCAAACCAAAAUCACAAUUCACAGUUGUCAGUCAAAGAUUAAAAAAAAAAUUAGUACUACCAAACAAGGAAUAAGAUCAAAGCAUUACUCUUCACAUGAAAGAAUCUUUAAAGCAUUAGAUGAUUUCAUAUGCAAGUUCAUCAUCUUAAGCACCUCUCUUUCCCCGCAUGUCGACCCGAAACACGAACUCUCCGGCAACUUUUAUCCUGUGGAAGAGCUUCCACCCACCGCCUGCCAAGUGGUGGAGGGGUCUCUGCCCUCCACCCUGGAAGGCGGCGCUUACAUCCAAAACGGCCCCAAUCCUCAGUUCAUCCCACGUGGGCCCUACCACAUAGCCGACGGUGACGGAAUGCUCCACUCCAUCAAAUUCUCCGGCGGUGACAAAGCCAUCUUCUGCAGCCGUUUCGUAAAGACUCACAAGUAUGUAAUGGAGCGUGAUUUGGGCUAUCCGUUUUUCCCUAACCCGAUUGCGUAUUUCAUUAGUAAUAGGUUACGCUUCAUAUUUUUAACCGUGGCAAGAGGUAUUAUUGGUGGGAAGAUCAAUCCUCUUACCACUGGCAUCGGAACGGCGAAUACUAGUUUAUUUGAAUUCGCAGGACAUCUUUUCGCAAUGAUAGAGUCCGAUCUUCCAUAUGAGAUAAAAAUAUGUCCAGACGGAGAUAUACUCACCAUUGGCCGCCACGAUUUCCACAGUAGCAGCGAUGGCGACCUUUUCUCGCAUAUGACAGCCCACCCGAAAGUCGAUGCCGACACGGGUGAAGCAUUUGCUUUCCGGAACAAUGUUAUCCCUCCGUUUCUGACGUUUUUCAGAAUCGAUCCUAAUGGGAGGAAACAAAAGGACGUGCACAUAUUGUCCAUCAAGGGCGUAACGUCGUAUAUUCAUGACUUUGCCGUGACGAAAAGAUUCGCCGUAUUCCCCGAUGCACAGCUUGUGAUGGAUCCUUUGGGAAUAAUGAGAGGAAAGAAAAUAAUUAGGGUUGAUCCUGAAAAAACUCCAAGACUUGGCAUUAUUCCGCGAUAUGCUACUGAUGACAGUGAAAUGUAUUGGACUGAUGUGCCUGGAUUGAACAUGAUGCACGUAAUUAAUGCAUGGGAAGAUGACGAUGAUGCUACGUGUAACAAAAUCGUGAUGGUGGUUACUAAUAUAUUGCCAGUUGAGAAUCUAUUGGAACGACGAAAUUCAACACAUUUAUCGCUGGAAAAGAUUACAAUUGAUAUCAAAACAAAGGAGGUAGUUAGGUGUAUUGUUUCGACCCAAAGCAUCGACUUCGGUGCGAUUAAUCCUAAAUACGCCGGCAAGAAAAACAGGUUUAAUUUGUAUAAAAAUAUAUUAUUAUAUUCAUGA